UUCAAGAAAGCAAUAAACCUUUCUUCAGAUAUUUUUCCUUCUUUUCAGUUUCUAACAUGGUAUCAGAGCUAUAAGCUCUUGGUUCUUUUCUCUUAUCAUCGCUGUUGGGUUUUUUGGAGUUGGAUUUUUUGGAGUUGGAUUUUUAAUUCCAUUCCAGAUCUGAAACCUUGUCAUUGGGAUCUCUUCUCAUACAGAUUGGAUUGUUUAUCCUCGAUUCUCAGACCCUUUCUGAGGUGGUGUUUCUAUCCCCAUGACUUCUUGGCAAGUUAUGUCACUUUGAAUAGUAUGUCUAUCAUAUUGCCUGCUAUCUUUUUAUUCUAUGCAACGUGCAACUGCAAGCUUACAUCUGCCCUUUUAGAUUCAUGUAACUCUCAUUUGAUAUUAUAUAUGGUAUACUUUAGUAUCUAUCGAUCAGGCAAAGCUUCUGGUUGCUGGUAUUAAUCAUUCAUAUGGCUAUGUCAUUUGUAACAGAGCAGUGGUUGUCUAGCAUGCCUUACUAAGCACGCUCUGAAAUCCUUGGUGGACGAUCCCUCACAAGGACUAAAAGUUCAAGGUCAAGCAGUGAAGAAACCUAGCAUAUCGGAGGAUUUUUGGACCAGCAGCACAUGUAACAUGGAAAAUAGUCGAGUGCAGUCACAGGGAAGCAUCUCAUCAAUUAGCAUAAGCAACCAGGCAGUUGAUCAGCGUGGUGGUUCUGGUAGUGCCAAUUCUCCCACAGAAUUUGUAAAUCAUGGCCUCAUUCUCUGGAAUCAGACCAGGCAGUGUUGGGUUGGAAAUAAAAAGUCUGAGAACCAAACUCAACAAAUUCAAGAACCUAAACUUAAGUGAGUUUGUCUUAAACUGCAUUGGUAGAUGGGACACUCCUAACUGUAGAAAAGGAAUGUGAAGUCUCAACUUGGUUGGAGAUCGAACCAGAUUCAAAAAGAUGAUCUGUGCCACAAAACCUUAAAAUUCAUUUGAAGAAAAAAAGGGAAAAAAACAAAAAGAAAAGCUGAUGUCUAUUGAUUUCAAUUCCUGUGCACUAUUUGCAUCUUGCAAUGAUGGGAUCAUAUUGGAGUGUAUUGGGAUUUUGUAGUGCUGUCAGCACCUAGGUUAUUGGAAGUUUUAAUUGGCUGUAGUUUGUAACCUGUAUUUUAGGUUUGCACAUAGUGCAGGAAAAUUUCUGGAACAUUAUCUGUCUUGUUUAGGUAGAUGUUGAUAAUAUAUGUCCUUCUUUUCCCUUCCAUGUUGUCCGCACUGAUUGUCUCUCCAUGGUUAAACAAUUCUGGCUUUGCAGUUGGAAUGCAACUUAUGACAGUCUACUUGGGAGCAACAAGCCAUUCCCACAGCCGAUUCCUCUUGCUGAAAUGGUAGAUUUUCUUGUGGACGUCUGGGAGCAGGAGGGCUUGUAUGACUGAGCAGCAGAAGUUGAGAUAUUGAAGGUUGGCUUCAUACUAGUAUCCACCCCCAGUUGUUUUUGCACCAUUUGAAUUGCUUCCAUAGGGAAAAGUUUUCAAGCAUAGCUUGGUUCAAGCAUAACCUGGCAUGCGACAUCAAGUGUAACAAUUUCUGGCACAUUCGCAUUGCGGCUUAAUUUUUGAACUUAACGGGCUCUUUUAAUUUGCCAUUCUACUGCGUUGGAACUAAUACAAAAUCUACUGCACGCCUCUGAUGUUCGAGGUUGUAACUUAGUUGCAAAUUUUCUCUUGGUUCAUUGUUCAAACUUGUUUUUCUCCACCUUGCAAUUCCCUUGAUGGACAUCUUAUGAAAUAUAUCAAAGGAGCUGAG